AUGGUUACAGCAAAUGUCGCCGGCGGGGUUAGCAUGAACAAGAAGACCAAAGGCCGGAAAAAGAUUGAGAUCAAGAAGAUACAAGCACCCAACAGCCGUCAAGUCACAUUCUCCAAACGCCGUGCCGGACUUUUCAGGAAGGCUUCGGAACUGUGUGUCUUGACCGGAGCCCAGAUUGGCAUCUUCGUCAACUCUCCCGGCGGACGAGUGUUUGCAUUUGGCCACCCUAACGCCGACCUUCUUGCUGACCGUUAUCUCAAUCAAAACAACAUCGACGCCACCAGCACCACCGUCCAGAACUAUCAACCACCGCUGCCGGCCAUGCACCUGUUCAACUUCAAUGAACAUUACGUGAAGGUUUCAAGGGAGUUGGAGAUGGAGAAGAAGCGGCGAGAGUUGAUUCCGGCAGAGAGGAGCAGCGGAUUACAGUGGUACGAGGAGGCUGUUGAAGGGAUGGAGGUGGAGGAGUUGGAGCAGUAUCUUUCUUCAUUGGAACUGUUGAAGAAGAAGGUAGUGAUGAGAGCCGAUGAACUAACGAUGAUCAAGAAAACUUCUACGUUGUUGGGUUCAAAUUUGUUUGAUCAAGUGGGGUGGAACAACCACAUUCAGACGAUGGAUAUCCCUACCACCACCACCACCACCACCACCACCACCACCGUCCACCACGAUGGUUUCAACUUCCAUCACAGCGGAGAGAUUGGGAAGUUUUAG